AGGAGGAAGAAGAGGCAGCGGCGGCGGCGGCGGCGGCGGCGGCGCGUGAGGGCGCGCGCCCGUGAGAGUGAGGGACCGCGGGAUCGCGCGCCGUUGGGCCUCCUUUGCCUCUGCCUUCGCCAUGGCCGCCGGCGACGGGGGCGACCCCGAGGUGCGGGUGCUGCAGACGCUGCGAGGGAAGAUUUGUCAAGCCAAAAACUUAGUGCCAUACUCAGGACCAAACAAAAUGAGAGACUGCUUUUGUACAAUCAAUUUGGAUCAAGAAGAGGUUUAUCGCACUCAGGUAGUGGAGAAGUCCUUAAGCCCUUUCUUUGGGGAAGAUUUCUACUUUGAAAUACCACGGAUAUUCCAAUGCUUAUCCUUUUAUGUUUAUGACAAAAACGUUCUCCAGAGAGACCUGCGUAUAGGUAAAGUAGCUAUCAAAAAAGAAGACUUGAGCUUAUACUCUGGCAAAGAGACCUGGUUUAUGCUUCAGCCUGUUGAUUCUAAUUCAGAAGUUCAGGGGAAAGUUCACCUUGAAUUAAAACUGAAUGAAUUGAUUACGGAUAAUGGAUCAGUGUGCCAGCAGCUAGUUGUACAUUUGAAGGAAUGUCAUGGUCUACCUCUUAUCAAUGGACAAAAUUGUGACCCUUAUGCUACAGUAUCUGUUGUGGGUCCUUCAAGUUGUACGCUUGAAGUUUUAUAUAGUAAAACCAUACUGUGUUGGAACAGGAAUGACCAAAAGAAGACAAAAGUAAAGAAGAAAACAAGCAAUCCACAAUUUAAUGAAACAUUUUAUUUUGAGGUAACCAGGUCCAGUAGUUACACCAAAAAGUCACAGUUUCAGGUGGAAGAAGAAGAUAUUGAAAAGCUGGAAGUCAGAAUUGACUUAUGGAACAAUGGUAAUUUGGUGCAAGACCUCUUCCUAGGAGAAAUUAGGAUUCCUGUUAAGGUGUUAGGAAGUGAUUCCUUCCAAGCAUGGUACCUUCUUCAACCAAGAGAGAAUGGGAAUAAGUCUACUAAAAUUGAUGAUCAUGGAUCCCUCAGACUGAAUAUAUGUUAUGCUGAAGACUAUGUACUUCCAUCAGAGUACUAUGUUUCUCUUAGAAACUUGCUGCUAAAGUCAUCAGAAGUGGAGCCAAUUUCUGCUUCUACUGCUUACAUUUUGGCUGAAGUGUGUCGUGAUAAAUAUGAUGCCAUUUUGCCUCUUGUGAGAUUGUUACUACAUCAUAAUACACUAGUACAAUUUGUCACUGCAGUGGCAGAAUUAGAAUUGAAGGAUACUCAAGAGGCAAACACAAUCUUCAGAGGAAAUUCCUUAACUACUCGAUGCCUAGAUGAGAUGAUGAAAAUAGUUGGAAAGCACUACUUGAAAGUUACUUUAAAACCAAUUCUAGAUGAGAUAUGUGAAAAUCCUAAACCUUGUGAAAUUGAUCCCUUGAAACUGAAAGAAGCAGAUAAUGUAGAAGUACACAAGGAAAACCUGCGCUACUACGUUGACAAAGUAUUCAAGACUGUUGUACAGUCAAGUAUAAGUUGCCCUACACUGAUGUGUGAUGUGUUUUGUUCCCUGAGACACUUGGCUGCUGAAAGAUUCCCUAAUGACCCUCAUGUACAGUAUUCUGCAGUGAGCAGCUUUGUGUUUCUUCGUUUCUUUGCUGUAGCUGUAGUAUCGCCUCAUACUUUCCAUUUACGACCCCACCAUCCAGAUGCACAGACAUCAAGAACAUUAACUCUUAUAUCAAAGGCCAUUCAGACACUGGGGAGCUGGGGAAGUUUGUCCAAAAGCAAACUAUCAAGCUUCAAGGAGACAUUUAUGUGUGAAUUUUUCAAAAUGUUUCAGGAAGAGGAGUAUAUUGAAGCUGUCAAAAAGUUUUUAGAUGAAGUGUCAUCUAGUGAAAGUAAAGAACCAAGUGUCAUGAGUGAGCCAGUGCAUCUGAAAGAAGGGGAAAUGUACAAAAGAGCACAAGGAAGAACUCGGAUUGGGAAAAAGAAUUUCAAGAAGCGUUGGUUCUGCCUUACAAGUCGUGAGUUGACAUACCACAAGCAGCAAGAUAAAGAACCCAUUUACACCAUUCCAAUCAAAAACGUCCUUGCAGUGGAAAAACUUGAUGAGAGUGCGUUUAAUAGGAAAAAUAUGUUUCAAGUUAUACAUAUUGAAAAGCCACUCUAUGUGCAGGCAAAUAAUUGUGUCGAGGCUAGUGAGUGGAUAGAAGCUCUCUGUAGAGUGAGCAGGUGCAACCAAAAGAGACUGAGUGUUUAUCAUCCAUCUGCUUUUCUAAAUGGGAACUGGCUUUGUUGCAAGGCCACAUCAGAGAAUUCUGCGGGUUGUACACCUUGUACAGCAGGUGUGCCUGCUGAAAUUCAAAUAGAGAUUGAUGGGGAUCGAGAAACUGAGAGAAUCUAUUCACUUUUUACCAUCAAUAUGACAAAGCUGCAGAAGAUGGAAGAGGCUUGUGGAAGUAUAGCAGUCUAUCAAGGUCCACGGAAAGAACCAGAUGACUAUUCUAAUUUCAAAAUUGAAGACUCCGUAGCAACUUUUCAAACUCUUCAACAAAUAAUAGCUGUUGUAGAAGAUCUGAAUGAACAUCAUGACAGAUAUCAAAAGAAACGAUCAUCUAGUGCUAAAUAUGGCAGCGAUGGAAGAAGCAUUUCUAUAUUGCUCAGAACUUUUAAAGGUUCCAGAAGAUGCAAGAAAGCAAAGCUGCUAGAGCUGGAAGGAACAUCAAGGAAUAAGCUUUCUAAGGGAGGAAAAUACGUACCACUGCAAAAGGGAUUUUUGUGUCUGCCAAGAUAAUCAUCAGUUUAAUAUGUGAAUCAUCAGUACCUUUUUUUGUGGACAGUGAGUUUUGGCAAAAGAAAUCUCAACAGGCAGAAAGAUUUGAAGCUUUACAUUCAUCGCACAGCCACUUUUAAUAUUGUCUUUUUGAACCUACAGUAGAUGUUUUAUAAAGAAAAAAUGGUGGUACUUGUUAAAUGUACAUUAACAAUUAGUGAUACAUUAUUUAAGUGAUAUUACUAAAGCAGGACAAGUCAGGGAGUCUAUGCAUCUUGUUUACAAUUGGAGUGAGUAGUGAAAGGAGUGACAUGGGGCCACUGCAUGUAUUUUGUCUUCUUAAACAACCUGUUAUUAUAUUUUUUUAUUUUAUUUUAUUUUUUGGAAAUCAGGGCUGUUUCAGAAGUACAACUUUUUCAUGCAGUUACAGAAAUAAUUGGUUGAUUAUAAUGUAAUACCUACCGAUAAUGAAAAAAAACAACCCAACCAAUAGGAGUUAUACACUGGACAUGUGUCGCAUCUAAUUACAACAAGUUUUUAAAAAUCACUCCAAGCACUUUAGAUAUCUGGAUAGUCCCAGAUUAUAAUUCUAGAUACUUUGUAGUAUCUAAACAUUAUGAUCAGUUGAAUGAUCACUAUUGUGGCUUAAGACAAUGCUUUUGUGAACAUUUUUAUAUCUAGGUGUUUGUUUUUUUUACUUGCCAGAUGACAUUUUGGACUUAGCUUUGCCUUUAGAAGCUAUUUAUCUUGCCAUGUUGAUAUAUUUCUAGUGCUGAUGGGCUGGCUAGUGUCUGUAUCUAAUUAAUGGAAACAAAUUAUCACUUGGGAGAAGAGGAUAAGCUUCCUUUAAUCAGUAUUAUUGGAUGUGGUACUAAAAAACCUCAUCUUGGGAGCAAUUUCCUGAGCACUAUUAAAACUGAUAUAUUUCCACUGUAAUCACAGCCAUGGUAUCUGUACAUCAUUCUUUUUGGUUUAUUUUUUAACAAUUCUGUUAUUAUUAUUUGCCACAAUUAUAGAUAAUGUAUUAAUUAUUCAAAAGAAAUCUGAAAUGAAAUUUAGAAGUUAAAAGCUGCUUGAUUUACUACAUCAACUGCUACUAGUAUGGCAUCUCCUCUAAGAAAAUGCAAACAAAAACCAACAACCUCUGUAUAGGAUUAAACAGUUUUCUGUACCACCAUAAAAACGAAUGCACUGAGUAGGACAUCUUUUGAAACAGCUAAUAUCCAUGUCUUGUCACUAAAUGCUUUUGAUACUUCCAUGAGUUUUGAAUUUAGCUUGCCAUGAGGAAUGGUGAAAAGGGAACCUUUGUUCAAGAAACAUUCUAUUGGAUGUGUGGUUUUAGCUGUUAACUUUGUAAUGCAUGGGUUUUAAGCAGUGUGAAUAGAAACCAGAAUGGAAUACUAACAGAACGAAUGACACAGGUUGUAUGAUAAGAACACUUGAGGUAUAAACAAGUCUAAGAAACUAAAACUAGAUUAUAAUUCUUAAGUCUCAUGUUAUAUGUGGUGUUCAAGUGUGAUGUGUACUAUAUACAGAGAGGAGACUAAUCAGAUAAAUUAUCUAAGUUUACCAUCUUUACCUUUGUUAGUGGAAGUUAAGGCAGCCCAAGAACUGCUGUAGUAAAUCCCUUCACAUUUACAGAAAGCAGGGGAAGAAGGGGAUAGAAACACAGUGCAGGAUUUUCCUUGACUGGUCUGACUGGCAGGGCUUAGGAGAUGUGUUUUCUCCCCACACCUCUGCAACAACAGUUUCAAUUUGCUGUGUCCAGAUAUAGCAUAAAAAUUAAAAGCUGUUGAUUUAUUACAUUGUCUUGGAGAUUCCAGUAACCAAGACAGAAAAUGGUUCACAAGUAUUUGCAUUACAUUCUGCAGUUCAGUCUUUGCGUCAUCUUCAUGAAGUAAUACAUUCCUGCCUUGUUCAUGAUGUGACAAUGCAGAAGGCUGACAAUUUGCACAUGACUGUAAAAAACCAUAUUUUCUAUAUUAUUUCAGUACUUUUAGCUUUUCACACAUCAUUAUGCUCAUAUUAGUUGCAUGUAAGUUAAAUUAUAAAAUCUACAGUAGUGAAGUGACUCUGUUUGUGGAGAAUAAACAUGCAAUUUGAAAUCCUGGAAGGUUGGGAUCCUAAAACACAUAGAGAGCACCCUUGGUUGCAGAGGUUCCCUAGUGCAGAAAUCAUAGCUGAAUUUCAGAGCUGUGCGUCUACAAAAGUAGAGACUAGAAGCUUAAGUCAUAUAACCCCUUUGUACUUGUUUCUCCUCUUCACAAAUGUAACAACUGAAGAAUUUCAAAACUGCUGUUAGACUGAUAAGGAUACACUUCUGUAGUGAGGCAUUCUGAAUGUCCAUGUUCAUGUUGGAGAAAAUGAAGGAGUAUACUUUCUGGUUUUCUGACAGCAUUGCAUUGCUUGAUGUCCACAGAAUAUUCCUUCAGUGGGGUUGCAGGUAAUUGAAGCCCACUGAAAAGUGUAUCUGUAUUAGAUAGCACUUUUUUCUUUUCUUUUUUUAUUUUGGCAUGCCAUCACUGCUCCUUGUGUGUGGAGGAUAUCAUUUUGGUUACAAAAGUACCUAUUCUUAGAGAAUUAAGUUCACUAUUACUUACGUGGUGCACUCUGGAGCAUUCCUUAUACAAAUAUUCAACUGUUGAGAGCUUCAAUUCUGGUACCACUUUCAUCAUUGCUUUGUCAUUCUUUUUGUUUUUGCAUUUGACAAAGUGGGCUUUCCCCAUGAAAGAUUAAUGCCACAGAAAUACCUUACUUUUUAAAGUGCCACAGAAUAUUUUCCGUAUUCAUUCCGUUAAUCCUUCUAGUUGCUGUUACUGUAUUUCUGAAAGAAUUCACUCUUUUUGUUUUUAGAAUCGUGAAUUCUGUGAUUGUACUUGUACCAGUCAACAAAGCAUGACACUCAGUGUUGAAGGCCAUCACUUUGCAGACAAUAGUGUUGAAAGAUGUAUCUUUAUAUUAGAUUAUGUAAAACUCAGUAAAUUGGGAUUACUGUCUCAGUCGCUGCAUCAUCUUCAUGUAUUCAUACAUUCCUACCUGGUUCAUUUUUUAAAAAUGAGGUUUUGAAAUCUCUACAGUUUCAUGUAUGGAAAUAGGUUCAUUACACAGCAAAACAAAAUGUUAUGAUGAUGUCAUUUUUGCCCUCUCUCAUUGAGCAUAUACUGUAUAAAUUGCAACAUGCAACACACAACACACUUUACAUGAUGAGGCUUGGAUAAAUCUCCUAUUCGUUCAUCUUCUGCUUAGGAUAUUUACCUGCAUUACCUCAAGUGUUUUACAGGAUUUCUAGACAGGAAGGGUACACUGAAUUUCUGUUGUAAUUAGUGACUGGCACUAUUCAUUUUAUAAUACAGAUGCAUGACAUUUGGGAAGAAGGAGAAAUGCAAAGGGCUCUGUCAAGCUGUAUACUAAUCUAGGGAAAGGAGACCUAAGAACCGUGUCCAUAAUAAGAUAGAGCAUCCUUAGAUUCCUCAUGCAGAUUCUGAAAUGUAUGUUUUACCUUUUAUCAGUCCUCUACAAAUGUUAAGUGGACCUUUUGGCACAGAAGCAAAUGUUUCCAAACAUUUAGUAGUUAUUUCUAUUAGUAAAUCUUGUUUGUCCUUUUUUUUAUCCAAUACCCACUUAACCUGACCAUUCUUUGGGAGGUAGUGCACUUUCAGAAAUUAAGGUACCAUAUUGUGUAGAUUUACAGCUGUGAGCAGGAGUGAAAGACAGUUCAAAUUCCACACAUAAAUAUCAGCGCUUUUUGGUACAUGAUCAGGUGCCAGGGAUAUUUCUAGCCUUGCCUGUGCAAUUGUUUUUGGCAAUAAUAUAAUUCAAAUGGAAUAGAUAAUCCAGAAUUAAGUUUUGUACAUUAGAGUGUUAAAUGUUCAAAGGAGUUGAAAUAAAGACUGCUUGACAAUUAACUUUGGUUGACAUAUAAAUUUUACAAUGUAUUUUUAAUUUGUUAUGAUGAUGUAUUGAAUGUAUUUUAUUUAAAGUUUAUUUUCUUAAAAGAUGUAUUAAAGUUCAGUAGAAUUGUUUUGAACUUGAAUGUUGGAGCCAAUUUUAAUGUGUUGAUCAUUUUCAAAUACUUUAAAAUGUAGAUAAAGCUUCUCGUCUGCAGUGGAUACUAAAAGGCUUUUUGUGUCACCAUCAAACAUACUAGAAGCAGGUUGCUCUGCCAGCUGGCUAAAAGAUUGAAAAUACAGAUUUAUUAGAUGUUUACUGUAAACUGGCAACCUAUCAAAUACAAUAUCAAGCUACAUUUAGUUGUUAAGGAGAAUGGCAUAACUGUGAAUAUUAACUAUAAUACAUUAACUGUGAGAUGAA